CUUUAAAACAGAAAUUCUGGUCUUUUUUAGAAAUCUAAAGAGGGGGGAGAUUAUUUUAAGAAACUUUAACAUUUUAUGGAGAUUAUACAACUUUUAGGAAGUGGGUUUUAUCAAGCGUUCUGACACGGCUGAUCCGCUUAAGGUUUAUUGAUGGAAAGUGUCGGGAGGGGAUAACUUUAUCUCGAACUGUGAGGUUAAAAUCGAAUUUUAAAACCGCUGCUAGUUUCGUCCUCGCCCGGAAAUAAGAGAAAGGUAAUCAGUUAGAAAAACGCUUCAGCGAGAAGGUGGGUCGAUAGCGGAUCAAUAAGCAUUUCGCCAAGAUAAUGUACACGGCGGCGAGUACCUUUCCGAGAUGUCAGGUACGGGGAGACAGAUUAGAGCGACGGCAGAGGUCGAAGUGUUAGAUCUAAGUAAAGCGAACAAGUCAUCCCUGCGUGAGCGCUGGGGAUAUCACGGGUCGAAACAGUUCCCGCAUUUUAACGGCUUCGCUCGGAAGGAGAAACUACGGGGAGAGGAACUUGUAGCGAGCGUAUACAUGAGGAUGCCUGCUAUCAAGAAGGAGAAAACCGAUGGGGAAAUGGUCACUCGGGGGCUGCUGGACAGUCUUCCCGAAUAUCUGGCCCCUCUGUCCAUCCCAAUGGUGACCCCACACCCUGCGCCUUACGACCACAUCUUCAGCCGGCGCCACCGUGCCUUCCUGGGGCUUCCCGAGGCUGCCCACCCGGGCGACCUGAUGCUAGAGCGCUUCCAUUCCGUUCCAGAUUUCCAGCCGAUCUUUGACAACGGGGAACCCUGCAUCGAAGUAGAGUGCGGAGAAAACAAAGCCCUCCUCUACAUCCAUAAACUGUGCCAAGGCAGCAAGGGACCCUCCAUCCGCUACCGGGGCGAGUGGCUGACCCCCAAUGAAUUUCAGUUCGUCAGCGGCAGAGAGACAGCCAAGGACUGGAAACGGAGCAUAAGGCACAAAGGGAAAAGUUUGAAGACACUUAUGUCAAAGGGAAUCUUACAGGUACACCCGCCAAUCUGUGACUGUCCCGGUUGCCGAAUUUCAUCUCCGGUGAAUCGGGGACGCUUGGCUGAGAAGAGGACAAUCCCCCUGCCGCCAACAAGGGUUCCUAAGAAGGAACUGCCCUCUGCUUUCUCCCACAGCGACGACAGUGAAGAGAGUGAGAAAGCAAAUGGUGGUCACCCUCCUGAGAUAAAGCGGGAAGAGGAUUUCCAGACAGGCACCAUGAAACGAAGAUUGGACGCUUAUGGCCAGCAGAGAGAGGAGAUUUUCAACCCUUCAAUCUGUACUUCCUUGCACCCCGAUCCCAGAGGUGAAAGCCGAGAAAGCGAUCUCUCAACCAUCAUUUCCAACCUGCAUCAGAGUCGUCAGCUCGUUAUGCCAGAGAGCCAGAAUCGGAAUGAGAUAAAGAGAAACGGUGUGGACUUACUCCCAGGGCAGGCAGAUGACAUUUUAGGAAAGCGAAGAGUAUGUUCACCGAAUAACAACAGUGAGUGUCCAGAAGUCAAAAGGCGAAGGAGUGAAUCACCAAAGGAGAAGUGUCAGACGCCACUAAUCGAGGAGCAGAUUAUUCAGAUGACCCCCGAGGAACACUACAGACGGAUGUUGUCGGCACUAAAUGACCACGGGACGUACGAGGAGCAGCAGCAACGCUUGUACCAGCUGGCCAACAGUAUGGGCGUGCCAACCCACGGAGACCUGCUGAGAGUUCGGCAAGAGGCAGCCAGCGCUGUCCGCACGUCCAGUGCCAUGGAGGCUCACAUUCCGUCGUCAAGCAGCUCGUCAAGCCAACGGAGGAAGCAGGGGCUCCCCCAGCACAGAGACGCACAUUUUAAUGAGAGAGAAAUGACGCACACGAACCCUUUGCUUUCACCCCAGAACGCUCCGCACAUUGCUCUCGGACCCCACCUCCGGCCCCCCUUCCUUGGGGUGCACUCAUCCCUCUGCCAGACCCCAGGUUACAGCUUCCUGCAGCCCGCCCAGGCUGAGAUGUUCGCUCGGCAGCAGGAAAUGCUCCGGAAACAGAACCUGGCAAGAAAUGUUCCAGUGAUCCGAUUGGCUCCCGCAAAAGAACAACACUGGCUGGAGAUGUCCGCAGAGCUUCUACGGCAGAAGGAGUUUGAGACAAUCCACCGUCAGCGGAUUCUGGGGGCCGACCCCCUCUCUCUUCACCCCGGACUGCCUCCGGACCACCCUGCCCUGCGCAGCGUCCACGACAUUCCCGAGGGCCACCCGCUGCGGGAGGAGAUCUCCCGUCGGAACGCCAUGCUGGUGCUGAGGCACAGCACGGCCCCACUGCUGUCCCUGAACCACUCCGUCCCUGGUGGCGCACCGCCAAAGGAGCCAGGCCGCAAGGGCGCCAGGAAGGCGGCCCACCUCCGGGCGGAUGUCCCAUGUGCCGGCGAGUUCAAGGAGCACGGUGAGGGCCGGGGGCGGGAUCCUGUCGCCGAGGGCAACGAUGAGGAGAUGAAGGACUCUGAGAGCGACCUGGAGGGCAGUGACGGCAAGCCCGAGAACCUGAAGGCCGAGUUGGCCGGGUCGACCCACGAGUUCAAGGACAAAGAUGCGGUGAGGCCCAGUGAGGCCGCCAAGGAGAUCCGUGAGCCGGUGGUCAGUCAGAACCUGCCGUGUGUCUCUGUGGGAGCCGAUUCUCCGAGUCACAUCCUGGGCCCUGGCAUCAACGAGAGCAAAUCAAAGUACCUCCCUCCCGCUCCAGCUCCCCUGCCACAGCCACUUCCAUUUGGAUUCCCGUACACUGCAAAUCCGUACUUCCAAACAGGCAGCAUUGGUAGCCUCUUCCUCGACGCAGAAGACAGCGCACCCGUGGAGGACAUCAGCAAAUGGACGGUUGACGACGUCUGCAGCUUCAUCACCAACCUCUCAGGCUGCGCAGAGUACACGCAGGUGUUCAGAGAACAGGCUAUUGACGGAGAAACGUUACCCCUGCUAACGGAGGAGCACUUACUGAACACCAUGGGGCUGAAGUUGGGACCAGCACUGAAAAUCAGAGCGCAGGUUGCCAAAAGGAUUGGGCGGGUUUUGUACAUGGCCAGCUUCCCGCUGGCAAUGCCACUUCCACCCGCUGCACUGAGACCCCCCGAGAGGGACCUCCCUCACCCCGAGAACCGGCCCUCCUCGACUGGCAGCGUGGCCUCGCCGUACGCAGGCAUCCCAGCCAGCCGCAUCUCGCCGAAGCAGGAGAAUGGCAACGCCUCCGCCAUAGGGAUCAGCGAUGUCAGCAAGCCACAGUUGUGAUCGCGUCGUCCGCUCUGGUGACAGAAGUGAACGUGUCGUUUCGCAAAACCAAAGUAUUUAUUCGGAGCGCCAACUUCACUGGUCGGCUGCAUUUCCUCAACGACAAACACUCUGGCUUCUAAACACAUGAAAUAAAAACUCCAGUCUAGUCCACAGCAAAGAGGCCUGCAAAAUGGACAAAGAAAUACGUGUUGGAAAGAAGAGUACAAUCAGACUGGCCUCCCACAAAACAAAAGCUGCUGCUCUUUACUGCUUGGAGCUGCAAGAUGUAUGGACCUUUUCCCCCUUUUCUAACGCAGAAAUGAAGCGCAGAGGUUGCAGGAAUGAAAUACCCUGCACAGUGCACUUGUACCAAAAAAUAAUUCCGUCACAGACUUAAAAUAUUAAGUGUAAAACUAACAGAUUUCACAAGCGCUAACUAUGAUGAGGAACUUGAGGUAUGGCAGCGUCUAUGCAUUUGUCCAGUACUAAACCAAAGAUGACAGUGAUUGGUCGUUAUUUACAAGUGGUACAGUACCUUUAGUUUAUAUUUUUUGCCUAUUGGACACAAUUUAAAAGUGCCUCACUAUAGAGGUUUGAUCACUACUUGCACACCUGUGUGUGUGUACACAUGCAAAUACACACGCGCGCACACACACACACACACUUGACAGAACUAUGGGUACACAUGUACCAGAGAUUAUUUAAAGAUGACCAUUUCUAGAUUUGUGGCUAUCCAAUACCUGUACAGCAAAUUAUUUGAACAAAGUUAGUUGCAGAACUCAUUUCGGUACUCAUUUUUUUUCUCUUUUUUCUUCUGUUGUUGUGUAGUUUGCACGUUUUUCUGGAUUUUUUCGGGCGGGAGGGAAGGGGUCGGAAGUGUAAACUGCCUGGGAUGUUCCUUGUCUUUUAUUCCUGAUGGAUGCUUUAAAGCAAUCAACAUAAUUGGAGAUUUACAUUAUUUAUGGAGAUUUUGUUUGUAGGUUGAAUACUGUUUAGCGCAAUAUAUAGAGAUUAAUAUUCAUCCCUAAAAGGGUGAGAAAUAUGAAAAAAUUUAAAAAAUUGUUGUUCCUUUAUAUGGUUUUGGCCACUGUGUCAAAUUAUUGUUUAUCUUCCUGCAGCAGUAAACUAUGAGAAUAUGGUGAUUUGUAAGAUAAUUUUAGCCGAUUUGUUGAUUUGCUUUUAUUCUUGUCCUUCACUUUUCGUGAAAUAAAAUACCACCUCCCCACUAAAAAAUCACCCUAACUGAGCUGGCGUCUUGUUGGAUGGUUUAUGCACAGUGGACACCCAUACCUCUUAGUUUAGAUUAGGUUAGUGCUAUGCUAUACAGCACUGUCUAUAAAAGACUGAGGUUCAAUUCCUGCCGCUGCAGGCAAGGAAUUCGUACACUUACAGGUUUCCUCCCAUAUUCCAAAGACGUACACUUAGGGUUGGUAAGUUGGUGACUGUUGAGGGCUGCCCCCAGAUUAUCCUCACUGAUUUGAUGCAGAAAACACGUUUCAAUAUAUGUUUUGAUGAACAUUUGACAAAUUAAGCUAAUCUUUAUAAAGAUAACCUAAACUAUAAGGGAAUCUAAAACCCUCAUUUGCCACAUUGAGAUCUCAAAACAUACAGUCAAAAUACAUCUUUUGUAGCCUGGUAAAAUUACACUUGCAGGACAGAUAGAGCUCUUAAAGAUAGUGGAGUCAAGGGAUAAGGGGAGAAGGCAGGAACAGGGUACUGAUUGUGGAUGGUCAGCCAUGAUCACAUUGAAUGAUGGUGAUGGCUUGAAGGGCCGAAUGGCCUACUCCUGCACCUAUUGUCUAUUGACAACAAAUCCUUUUUUGGGUCUUUAAUUCCUUUAUGUUUUAGAUGUUUUAAAGCAAAAAGAGGGUAUCGAAACAAAAAUGACAAAAUGAAUUUUUAAAAAACAGUUCCCGCUCUUACAAUCUCUGCUUAUGUUUCGUAUGCAGUUAUGAAAAUAUCUCAGAGAGAUAGCAGACAACUGCAGGAAACGAAGUUAGGGGGAUUUUUAAUUUUCCACAUAUUGUGGGACUCCCAUACUGUUAAAGGUCUAGACAGGUUAGAGUUUGUAAAAUGUGUUCAGGAAAGUUUUCUAGAUCAAUAUAUAGAGGUACUGACUAGAGAGGAUGCAAUAUUAUAUCUAUUAGGAAACGAGUUAGGACAGGUGACAGAAGUGAGUGUAGGGGAACACUUUGGUUCCAGUGAUCAUAACACCAUUAGUUUCAACUUGAUCAUGGAUAAAGAUAGAUCCGCUCCUCAGGUUGAGGUUCUAAACUGGAAAAGGGCCAAAUUUGAAGAAAUGAGAAAGGAUCUAAAAAGCGUGGAUUGGGACAGGUUGUUCUCUGGCAAGGAUGUCGUUGGUAAGUGGGAGGCCAUCAAAGGAGAAAUUUUGAGAGUGCCGAGUUCGUAUGUUCCUGUCAGGAUUAAAGGCAAAGCGAAUAAGGAACCUUGAUUCUUGAGGGAUAUUGGAACUCUGAUAAAGAAGAGGGAGAUGUAUGACAUGUACAGGAAACAGAGAGCAAAUAAGGUAUUAAGGAGUAUAAAAAGUGCAAAAAAAAUACUAAGAAAGAAAUCAGGAGGGCUAAAAGAAGACAUGAGGUUGCUUUGGCAGUCAGGGUGAAGGAUAAUCCAAAGAGCUUCUACAAGUAUAUUAAGAGCAAAAGGAUAGUAAGGAAUAAAAUUGAUCCUCUUGAAGAGCAGAGUGGUCAGCUAUGUAUGGAACCAAAAGAAAUGGGGGAGAUCUUAAAUGUUUUUUUUUGCGUCUGUAUUUAUUAAGGAAACUGGCAUGGAGUCAAUGGAAAUAAGGCAAACAAGUAGUGAGGUCAUGGAACCUAUACAGAUUGAAGAGGAGGAGGUGCUUGCUAUCUUGAGGCAAAUGAGAGUAGAUAAAUCCCCAGGACCUGACAGGGUAUUCCCUUGGACCUUGAAGGAGACUAGUGUUGAAAUUGCAGGGGCCCUAGCAGAUAUAUUUAAAAUGUCGGUAUCUACGGGUAAGGUGCCGGAGGAUAGCUCAUGUUGUUCCGUUGUUUAAAAAAGGCUCUAAAAGUAAUCCAGGAAAUUAUAGGCUGUUAAGUUUGACGUCGGUAGUAGGUAAAUUAUUGGAAGGAGUACUAAGAGAUAGGACCUACAUGUAUUUAGAUAGACAGGGACUUGUUAGGGAGAGUCAACACUGCUUUGUACAUGGUAGGUCAUGUUUAACAAAUCUACUAGAGUUUUUCGAGGAGGUUACAAGGAAAGUGGAUGAAGUGAAGGCAGUGGAUGUUGUCUACAUGGACUUCAGUAAGGCCUUUGACAAGGUCCUGCAUGAUAACCUCCCAUGCGAAGAUUCAGUUGCUAGGUAUACAUGGAGAGGUAGUAAAUUGGAUUAGACAUUGGCUCAAUGGGAGAAGCCAGAGUGGUAGUGGAGGAUUGCUACUGAGUGGAGGCCUGUGACUAGUGGUGUGCCACAGGGAUCAGUCCUGGGUCCAUUGUUAUUUGUCAUCUAUAUCAAUGAUCUGCAUGAUAAUAUGGUAAAUUGGAUCAGCAAAUUUGCUGAUGAUACAAAAAUUGGAGGUGUAGUGGACAGUGAGGAAGGUUUUCAAAGUUUGCAGAGGGAUCUGGACCAGCUGGAAAAAUGGGCUGACAAAUGGCAGAUGGAGUUUAAUACAGACAAGUGUGAGGUAUUACACUUUGGAAGGACAAACCAAGGUAGAACAUACAAGGUAAAUGGUAGGACAUUGAGGAGUGCAGUAGAACAGAGGGAUCUGGGAAUACAGAUACAAAAUUCCCUAAAAGUGGCGUCACAGGUAGAUAGGGUAGUAAAGAGAGCUUUUGGUACAUUGGCCUUUAUAAAUUAAAGUAUUGAGUAUAAGAGUUGGAAUGUUAUGGUGAGGUUGUAUAAGGCAUUGCUGAGGCCAAAUUUGGAGUAUUGUGUGCAGUUUUGGUCACCGAAUUACAGGAAGGAUAUUAAUAAGGUUGAAAGAGUGCAGAGAAGGUUUACAAGGAUGUUGCCAGGACUUGAGAAACUGAGUUACAGAGAAAGGUUGAACAGGUUAGGACUUUAUUCCCUGGAGCAUAGAAGAAUGAGGGGAGACUUGAUGGAGGUAUAUAAAAUUAUGAUGGGUAUAGAUAGAGUUAAAGCAAGCAAGCAUUUUCCACUGGGGCUAGGGGAGAAAA